AUGGAAGCAGUACUCAAAGGGCGGGCAAUGUGCCCAUUUCUUCAAAAGACCUCCCCGGCAACUCUCCGAUCCCUCUCUACAUCCGCCCGUCCUCAUGCCUCUCCAUGUGGCGGAAGUAUGUCGAAUCUGCAGACUAUUGCAGGUCGCUGUCCAGUCAUGGGCAAAGCUCUUGCUAUCCAGACUGCAAAGGCCGGAAAGGCCGGGUUUGGUGGCGUUGCUACCAUGAGGGCCAUUCGAGCCUUUUCCGGCAAAGUUAGCACUGGAAAAGCAAAGCUUCAUACCAGCCGAUCCCACGAAGCAAGGGCUGUCGAAGAUACUGUGUUCGGCCGUGAAAGCGUGCCAUUUCAACACAUCAAGCAAACGCGUCAGCCAACCCAAGCUAGUCGCCAUGAACAAUCUAAGGGCGGCAAGUUCGAUUAUGAAGGCUUUUACAAUGCGGAAUUGGACAAGAAGCACAAGGAUAAGUCCUACCGCUAUUUCAACAACAUCAACCGUUUGGCCAAGGAAUUCCCCCGGGCUCACAUGGCCAACAAGAACGAAAAGGUGACGGUAUGGUGCUCGAACGACUAUCUUGGAAUGGGCCGGAAUCCGCAAGUCCUAAAGACGAUGCAUGAAACUCUUGAUGAGUAUGGUGCUGGUGCUGGCGGGACCAGAAAUAUAUCCGGUCACAAUCAACAUGCGGUUGGUCUUGAGGCCUCAAUUGCGAAACUUCAUGCUAAGGAUGCUGCGCUUGUUUUCACUUCGUGCUAUGUUGCGAACGAUGCGACUCUUGCGACACUUGGUAGCAAGCUGCCUGAUUGUGUCAUUUUAUCCGAUUCAUUGAAUCAUGCAUCUAUGAUUCAGGGUAUUAGACAUUCUGGCGCGAAGAAAAUUGUCUUCAAACACAAUGAUUUGGAAGAUUUAGAGGCCAAGUUGGCAUCUCUUCCGCGUGAGGUCCCUAAGAUCAUUGCAUUUGAAUCGGUGUACAGCAUGUGCGGCUCAAUUGGCCCAAUCGAAGGAAUAUGCGAUUUAGCCGAGAAAUACGGCGCCCUUACCUUUCUCGAUGAAGUCCACGCUGUUGGCAUGUAUGGACCACACGGAGCUGGUGUCGCAGAACAUCUAGACUAUGAAGCCCAUCUUGCAGGUCGUCCCCAAGGUACCAUCAUGGACCGCGUGGACAUCAUCACUGGAACUUUAGGCAAAGCAUACGGCUGUGUUGGUGGCUAUAUCGCCGGAUCUCAUAAGAUGGUCGACGCCAUCCGAUCCCUUGCUCCUGGUUUCAUUUUCACCACCUCUCUCCCGCCCGCGACCAUGGCCGGUGCACAAACUGCCAUAGAAUAUCAAUCGCAAUACCAAGGUGACCGGCGUCUCCAACAGCUCCAUACACGAGCUGUCAAAGACUCACUGAGUGAGCGCGAUAUACCCGUCAUCCCAAAUCCAUCUCACAUCAUCCCUGUCUUAGUUGGAAAUGCGGAGCUUGCCAAACGUGCAUCUGAUAUGCUGCUUGACGUCCACGGUAUCUAUGUGCAAUCCAUUAAUUAUCCCACUGUUCCAGUUGGUCAGGAGCGUCUUCGUAUCACUCCGACACCAGGCCAUGUUCGCGAAUAUCGUGAGCAUCUUGUUAACGCCAUUGAUUCUGCGAAGCUGGUCGCGAGGUUCCAGAACCUCUUUGGACCGACGAACAGCUUGGUGUUGAUCAAGCUGUCAAGGAGAUGA